GGGAAGAGUGCAGACACAUUCUGCAUACGCCAGAAGCAGAAAGCGAUAGAGAGAGAGGUAGAGAGGAAGCAAUAGGGAGAGAGAGAGAGAGAAUGAACGCGCACAGAGCACGCUGACAGAAGGGGGAGCGCCUGAGAGAGAGGGGGAGAGUCGAGAGGUGAAGGGAGCAAACGAGAGAGAAAACAUUCACUCACUCUGACUUGCUGAGCUGUCUCUUGCCAGUGUGCUGGGAGGGGAGAGGAGAGGAUAGGGAAAAAACACACACCACGCUCUGCAGUAGUUUAAGCAGCCCCCCCCCCACGGAGGCUUGCAGUGGCUGCACUGAGAGAGUGAGUGAGUGAGAGAAAAGGAGAGAGGGAUCGUGUGAGAGAAGUGUGGGAGAGAGAGAGAGAGAGGGAGACGACAGAGCCAUGCCUGCUGCUAGGGUCGGUGUUGCUGCGUCACUGCUGGCAGGGCUGGUGCUGCUGCUGUCAGGCCUGCUGUCACCCCCAGUAGCGCGGAGCCAGGCGGUGACAGGGACGCAGGACACAGACACCGACUUUUCCCUCUGCGGUGGCUGCUUCUACCAGGAGACGCCUCCCCAGGGACUACUGGGCGAGGAGGACGGAGCGUCUGCUGCUGCUGCGGAGGGGGGCCAUCAUCACGGGCUGGUCCAGCGCUGCCACGUCCUGCCCGGUGGGCGCCGCUUUGCUUCCCUCUACAACUCCACCUGUGGGGCCCGCGUGUACUCGGCCCUACGCCUCAGCCAGAGGGAUAACUGGGGAACGCAGGAUGAAGGAGAAGAGUCCAACGGUGGUGAUGGAGAAGACUCUGAGGUGCCCAUCCCCGCUCUGCUGGGAGGUGUCGCGGCCGCUACAGCCAAUCCCUCCUCUUCUCCCUCCUCCACGUGGGACCGGCUCAUCUCCAGGCUGGUGAGAGAUGCUGGCGUGGCGCGCUGCUCUGGCGAUCCUGAUGCCACCUCCUCCUCCUCCCCUGCGGGGGCGGAUCUGUUUGUGCUGACCGGAAGCGGUGGGCUGAGCCAGCGGGAGGAUGGGGGCUGCCAGGCGGGGGUGCUGUGGUCAGCAGUGUGCUGUGCCGCUCCGGAGGACUCAGAAGCAGGAGGUGCGGGGGAGGAGGGUGGUAGCAGAGGCUUCAGCCUAGGGGUGGUGAAGGGCACAGGAGGUCGCGGAGGGGGAGGAGGAGAGCAGGGGGCAGGGGAGGAGGAGAAGGAGAAGGAGGAGGAGGAGAGGGUGGUGAGUGUCCAGGAGCUGGCGGACUUGGUGGGCGUUGCUGCCAUCUUCACCGGGUUCUGUGGGGAGACGGAGAUGGACGGCGAGGUGGCCGAGUUCUUCACGGAGGCUCUGCAGGCCUUGAAGAAGGAGCUGGAGGAUGCCGACGCUGACACACAAACCGAAUCAGAAGAUGUAGUAGCAGCAGAGGGUGAGCAGGCAGCUGGUGACAUGGAGGACACGGCAGAGUCCCCUCAGGAGCAGGAGGAAGUGAUGUCAGCAACGGGAGCCCAGAGCAGAUCGGGCCCCGUAGAUGAAACCGCCGAGCUGAGUCCCGAUGGCGUGGAGAUGGAGAAUGAGACCCAGAGCUCGGGCUCCUUUGUCGGCGGCGCGCUCAUGUACCUCCUGUCCUCCUCCGUGUCUCUCCUCACCACCCCCGUCCGCCCCGUCGUCUCCACGGUAACCAGCCUGCCCGGUCAGAUGACCUACGUCCUGGGGGAGGAGCUGGCCGUGUUGUCCUCGUUGCCCGGCAACACGGUGUCGCUCUUCUGGAACAUACUGUGCGGCAUUGCUAACUGGGUGUUGUCGGCCGCAGGCCUGGUCGUCGGAGCGGGCGAGCUGUGCUGCUCCACGGUCUACGCCUGCACCUCCCCGCUCGUGUGCAGCCUGUUUGGCGCGUGCCACGACGGGGUGGCGGGCAUGGGUCAGCUGACCUGGGAUGGGGUGGGGAUCUUCGGGGGCGUUGUGGACAACGCCUGGUCCCUCUCCAAGUUCUUUGGGGGGACGCUGUGGGAUCACGGCGAGGGCUAUGUGGGGUCUGUGCUGUCUGAGCUGGGCCACCAGGCCAAGACUGUGGGGCUGGGAGUGGGCAAGCUGCUGUGGCGAGGGGGCAGGGGAGUGGGGAACGUGGUGGGGGCGGUGGGAGGCUUGGCUGGGGGCACGGUAGGCUCGGUGGUAGAGAAUGUAAAAGAGGCCUUUGGGGACGAGUGAAUGUAGGAGGUGUGUGUUUGUGUGUGUAUGUGUGUGUGUGUGUGUGUGCGUGUGUGUGCGUGCGCGUGUGAGUGUUUGUGUGUGCGUGCAAGCAUGUGUGUCCCUUGUGUGUAUGUUUGUGUGAAUGUGUUUGUGUCUGUGUUCACAUCUCAUGGGUGUGUAUGCUUGUGUGAAUGUUGUGACGGGAAGAACAAGCCAUGGCCUUCAGGGAAAUGCCAAUUUUGUGUCAUUGCUCUGCGCAUGGAAAUAACGGCUCCACUUGAUUUUAAGGCUCCUGUUACAUUAGCUAGGUAGGUACAGUUGAGGAAAGUAUGUAAUAGGAUGCAACAUUAUGUACUUGCACUUAGGGCUAGUGUAGCAAUGAGGAAUCGAGCUGCCCCACUGGGACUCAAACCUUGACCUUCUGGCCUCUGACCCUCACAGUUAGUACAGUAUAAUUACAUUACAUGACAUGUUCAUACAUGUAAAUACACAAAAAAGGAACCGUAAAAUAAAGUUUUACUGAAAUAAUAGCUUAGCUGGCAUGGUGUUGAACAAACAAAGGUGUAACAUGGUGUCUGCUGGUUACACUUUGAAGAGGGGAUGUCUGCGCUUCAGCCUAGGUGGUGCUCACAGUCAAGGACAGCAGUAUCAAGACAA